AUGUCCCGGCAUGUCUCGAAUGUCGAGCUCGCAAAGCCAAGACACCUCACGGCGGUAGAGAACCGCCUUCAAUUACUUGAAUCUACACUUCGAAGAUUGUUCCCAACCGGCGAGAUUGAUGCCAUCACCCGUUCCUUGCUCACUGAUGAGGUGCCAACAGAUCAGGCUCCUUCCACUUCGGAUGGCCCCAUCAGCCAAGUCUCUGUCGAUGACCCACUGCCAUCAGACCCUAUGAUUUGGGAUGAUGUGCCCCCCAAUAACUCUUCGCCAUGGGAGACAGAGACAAAUAUUCCUACGGGCGCUGAACUGCAAGAUACAAACCCAUCAUUCAACUCACUCUUGACUGAUCCAACUCACACACCUGAGUUACUCGGAACUAGCGACGAAGAAAGCGAGUUUCUAGCGAAUUACUUUUUGCAUUAUCAUACCCUUUACCCGAUUCUGCACGAGGACACGUUUAGAUUGGAGUACAAAGGCCAAAUCAAAGCGUCACCUCACUGGCAGAUCUUGGCAAAUAUAGUCUUGGCCAUUGGAGCAUGGCUGACUGUCCAUGCUCGAGAUGGUUUGGACAAUAAGUAUUUUGCCAAGGCACAAAAUAUGGUCCAAAAUGUUCACUUCACAGAGAAAGGCGACAUCACACUCGUGCAAAGCUUGGUCCUACUUGGGGAAUUUUCAAAAAAGCAGGCAAGCCCUGAACAGAGUGGACAUUACAUAGGAACUGCCGUUCGAAUGGCAGUUUUCCUCAGCCUGCACCUUGAGCCCAUAUCACCUUAUUUAAACGAACUGGAUAAGGAAAUCCGCAGGAGAGUGUGGUGGAGUGUUUACUGUGCCGAGAGUUGCUCCGCGAAAAUCUACGGCCGGCCACUGUUACUGCCAGAGGAGAUGCUCAUUACUGUUGAGCCAGUCUCAAAUAUCCACGAGAGCGUUAGUCGGCCUAUCCCUUCCUUGCUACUUAUAUGCUGA